GUCAUUAUAAGUUUUCUUAUCUCAUUUUGAGGUUUCCUUUUGCGUUAUUCUCAUAGGUAUUACUAAGCUUUAUUAAAAAUCAAGCUUGCGCAAUUGGUUACUUAUAUACACAGCUCCUUUCCCUUAGCCUUGGAGGAGGUACGUAGGUAUGUUUUUAUCCAUGCAGCAGAAACGUAGGUAACUGAGAAGCACAGAGUGCAGCGAAGUGCUCUGACGCACCCAUAGCACCAAGCAUCACCAUUCAAACUUACCUCCCGUGUCCCGCGGCGGACCCUUUUCUUGCCCAAUCGUCAGAGGCUGAGGUGAGGUUUGGAGAGGGAAUUGGGUCAAUCUGCUUUCCCCACUAACUGUAAGUGAGCUAGUGGAAUUGUGAACAACAAAACAACGUCGUCGAGAGACUCAAUUGUACGCAGCAAAAACCAUCAUGACUAGAGAAUAAAACCGCGAGCAAUUCUAUGCCACGCCCACUGUUGAACGCUUCCCUCCCCAACACCCGGACGACUCUCCAUUGUAUUUAUUUAGUACCCAUAGAGAAACAUCGCCUACUUUCAUCCACUCCGCGGGCCCGGCCACAUACUCAUGACCAUGGCGCUUGUCUUGUCAAGGUCACGUGCUCGAUUGCCGUGCUCCGGAACUGGGUCAUAUGCCAUUUUCGCUGUUGGCAGGCUCUUCUUGUCGUCACCGCGGCUCCGGCCACCCUCUCAACAGCGAUGGAGUUCUCACUCGCCCCUGACUGUGCAAUCAGGUCCGGCGAGGAAGAAGGUGACCCUUAGCAGCCUCCAAGCUAUGUACAAGAAGGGGGAACCCAUCGCUGUCAUGACCGCCCAUGAUUUCCCGAGUGCUCAUGUUGCUGACGCUGCCGGAAUGGACAUCAUACUUGUCGGUGAUAGUUUGGCUAUGGUUGCCCUGGGCAUGCAAGACACAAGUGAGGUAACGGUCGAAGAUAUGUUGUUGCACUGUCGAUCCGUCGCGCGCGCUACCAGGGCAGCGUUCACGGUUGGAGAUCUUCCCAUGGGCUCGUACGAAAUUUCACCAGAGCAGGCGUUAGAAACGGCCAUCGAAUUCGUUAAGCAAGGUCGCGUCCAGGGCAUUAAGCUGGAGGGCGGCAAGGAAAUGGCCCCGGCAAUUGCCAAGAUAACCCAGGCCGGUAUACCCGUCCUAGCCCACGUCGGACUGACGCCCCAGCGCCAACACUCCCUCGGCGGAUUUAAAGUCCAGGGGAAGACGUCGAAAGGCGCGAUGAGGGUCCUUGAUGACGCACUGGCCGUCCAGGAGGCGGGUAGCUUCGCCAUGGUCGUAGAAGCCGUCCCGGCUGAGGUUGCUACUAUCAUCACGCAAAAGCUUUCUAUCCCGACUAUCGGGAUAGGCGCUGGCAAUGGAUGUUCUGGCCAAGUGCUUGUUCAAGUUGACAUGUCGGGGUAUUUCCCGCCCGGCCGGUUCAUCCCCAAGUUCGUGAAAAAGUACGGCGAUGUCUGGGCGGAAAGCUAUAAGGCGAUCGAGUGCUACCGAGAGGAGGUGAAGGCACGCCGAUAUCCGGCGCCGGAGCACACUUACCCCAUUGUCAAGGAAGAGCUUCAGGCGUUUAUCGACGGCAAGUACACCACGGCCUCGAACUUCUGCGCCGCUUGUAUCCUCCGCACCUCUUGCCUGAGCUGCGGGGCUGACCCGACGGCUUUGAAGCGGAUAAGUACUCGAUCGCGAUCAAACUCGCCGGCGCUAGCGAGAGCCGAGCUCGCGUCCCGGGGAAGUGCAGUGAGCACGGCUGAAGCGGUCAUGGUAAGUGGCAGCUCCGGCGAUCCGGAUCGGUCCGGCACGGGAGAGGCCGGGGGCGACGGAGAAGACUGCCCAGCGGGAACGCCUGUGGGAUCCAUCUCGGGCCGUGUGCGGGAUUCGCUUGGCUGCUGA